AAAAAAAUGAAAUUUUUAGAUAACAGGGUCCAAGAAUUGAUUCAAACACGAAAAUACGGCUCAUUAUUACCCAGAACCAACUUUUUACUUAUUUUUGGGAGGAGAAAAAGGGUUUUUGCUUUGUUUUCUCUUGGGUGAGUACUCAGCAGCAAAGAAAUGGCACCCAAAGUUCAUACCUUUGAGGAGGUAGCUAGUCACAACAAGAAAGAUGAUUGCUGGCUUAUCAUCUCUGGAAAGGUCUACAACGUGACGCCAUUUCUUGAAGAGCAUCCUGGGGGUGAUGAAGUGCUGCUAACAUCAACUGAGAAAGAUGCUACAAAUGAUUUUGAAGAUGUUGGCCACAGUGAUGACGCAAAAGUGACAAUGCAGAAAUUCUACAUUGGUGAGAUUGAUGAAUCAACUCUUCCAUCAGAGCAGAAAUACACCCCACCUCCAAGUGCAACUUCAACUGCAAACCAGGACUCGGGGAGUUCAUCCAAGAUACUGCUAUUUAUCCUGCCCUUAUUGAUAUUGGGAUUAGCAUUUGUUCUUCGUCUCUACUCGAAAAAGGAAUAGGUUUAGCCAAUCAUGUCUUGGAAUAAAAUAAAUGAUUGUUACCGUUUCUGCUAUACCGGAUUGGUGGUUUGUCAUAUCCCUUUCUGAAGUUUAUGAUUUGAUGCAAUCCUAUAUUUUAUGCUGUGAUUUA